UCUCCCUCGACCUUCGCAGUAAAAAACUUCCCAAAUCUCUUGCAAAAUCCUUAGACCUUCCUAAAAGCGAAAGACAAUGGCGAAAGGUAGCGACAAGCUAACGAAGCUUAAGUCAGUUCUCAAGAAGCUAAACUCCUUCAACAACAACAAGCAAAGCCGCCCUAAAUCGAGCUCAGUAGCGGCGGCUUCGGAUAUUGACGAGGAAUAUUCUUCGACAAAUCUCGUCCCGGUCUACGUGGGAAAGUCCCGGAGGCGGUACCUUAUUAGCUCCGACAUCAUCGAAACCCCUUUGUUCCGCGAACUCACGGGAAGGUCGAUUGGCGAAAACGACACCGUCAUCAAUGUGUCGUGCGAGGUUGUCUUGUUCGAACACUUGCUUUGGAUGCUCGAAAAUGCUGAUCCUCAAGCUGAGUCAUUGGAGGAACUUGUCGAGUUCUACGCUUGUUGAUUGCUUGUGGAGACCAAACGAAGCGUUCCGUGUACAUUAUGUA